UGACCGUUAGAUUAUCCUUUAUAAAGUCUCUUUAUCCUCCUCCUCCUCGAGCUCUAGGGUUUUUUUCAGCGGAUUAGCUUCAGUAUCCAUUGGCCCCAGUGCUCUGAUUUGGAGGUUGCAUUUGAGUGAAAAGAAGAUGUUUUCGUUUCAGCAUAAGAUUCACAAAGAGAAGGGUGUGGAACUUUCUGAAUUGGAUGAGCAAGUUGCUCAGGCUUUCUUUGAUUUGGAGAACACCAAUCAAGAAUUGAAAAGUGAGUUGAAGGAUUUGUACGUCAACUCGGCUGUUCAAGUUGAUAUCUCUGGAGGUCGCAAGGCAAUUGUUAUCAAUGUUCCUUACAGAUUGAGAAAAGCUUACCGCAAAAUCCAUGUUAGGCUUGUUCGUGAACUUGAGAAGAAGUUCAGCGGAAAGGAUGUGAUCCUCAUUGCUACAAGGAGGAUUGUGAGGCCACCUAAGAAGGGUUCAGCUGCAAAGAGACCACGCAACCGUACUCUAACCUCAGUCCAUGAAGCCAUUCUUGAUGAUGUUGUCUUACCUGCAGAGAUUGUUGGGAAGCGCACAAGGUACAGACUCGACGGCACCAAAAUCAUGAAGGUCUUCUUGGACCCAAAGGAAAGGAACAACACAGAGUACAAGGUUGAGGCUUUCUCUGCUGUUUACAAGAAGCUCACUGGCAAAGAUGUCGUCUUUGAGUUUCCCAUCACUGAAGCCUAAGAGAUGAAUUGAGACGUAGAGAUUCUGUUGUGAUCUCUGAUAUUUAAGUCUUCUUUUUCGUUUACUUUUAUUGUGUCAAGACGACAUCGGUUUGAUCUUAAAAUCUGUACAAUCGUCGAAUUUUCUCGAUAGUUUUGAGAAACUUUUUAAUGUUCGUUUUCUUAAGUUUUGCGAUAGAAGUUAUAAUUAAUGAAUGUCUUCGGUGGUUGAUACCGUC